AAACCUAAAGUGGUUGGUAAAAAGGACAAUUCUCUGAUUGACUGACACAAAGUCCACCUGUGGUACUUUCAUAUUCCUUUUCCUUUCCAUCAAACAAGAAAAACAAGGGACGAGGAAAAAAAAAAAAAACCUCUUCUGCGAGUUUCUUUCUUCUCCAGCAGCAAUGGCAUCUUCGAUUCCUAAGCUUCUGCUUCUCCUUUCACUCAUCGCUUCCCUCUUAAUCUCCGUGUCUGCAAGACCUUGCAAAACCCUUUUCAUCUCUUCCUACACCUUCUCAAUCCGUCCUCUUAACCCUAACCCUAACUCCAACAACCCAUCUUCCGGAUUCGUCACAAUCGUCACUGAAAUCACCCAGAAACAACAACGCUCUUCGGAAGUCUUCCUCGAUCCUCGCUUUUUCCGGGCUGUCGGUGAUGACAAUUCCGAGUCCCAACAAGUCAUCCAUCAGCAACAACAACAGAAGGAAGAAGGUGGCGUCGUCUUGCCUUUUGGACUUGGGCUUUCUUCCUACGACAUCAAUUCUCUUCGUGAUCGUACCAAAGACAUUCUUAGUGUUGUUGUUGCUUUGCUUUUCGGUGUUGGGUGUGGCGCUUUAACUGCUGCUACUAUGUACCUGGUUUGGUCUCUGUUCUCCACCAGAUAUAAUUAUCACUAUGGUGAAUUUGACGAUGAGGAUGAUGAAGAUGAAGAUGAGGAUGUUAGUCCUAAGAAGAUGGGUUACGUUAAGAUUUCUGAGGUUCAUUCUGUCCCUAAGCAGGCGGCGGUAUGAAGAGAUUAACCUUGAUUUGUGGUUUUAGGCUUUUAUCCUUAUUACUACUGUCAAUUGGUGUUUUUAAUUGUGAUGUUUAUUAAUAUUAUUAUGUCUUGUGGAUUAUUGCUGAACAAGUAUUUCUUAUUGUCAAGAAGAAUACGACUCUUUUAUGUUUUAUUA